GCCGCUAUCGGAACACGAGGACGCGCCGCAGGUAGACCACAGGUGUGUUGUCACGCAGUUUGAAGGAGACUCACACAGCCUGCAACUGAGAGAGAGAGAGAGAGAGCGCUGAGGGAAAUAUUAUUUGGACACUACUCUGAGAUUUUUUACAGUGAAGAUGACUGACUGAGGACAAGAGUUGGAGGUUAAAUUUGCCAACUUUGAGAGGCAGGCGUCUCUCACGGGUCAAGGGACUUUCCUCCGUGUGACUCUGAAGUUGGAUGGAGUGACUGAAUCUCAACGACCUGGAUAAUCACUUUGGAUUGUAGAGUAAGGCCUCUGGGUUUUUGUCCACCAUGGAAUAUUUUAGCAAUAUUAAAUGGAGGGCGAUUUCACUCACAUUUUGCAUAGUUUUAAGUUUUCCACAUGGCUCCAGUGGCGAGAUCCCACCGAAACCAACAGGCAGCGUCACUGUUCUGCCCCCGAUCAAACCCAAUGAUGGCCCUCAAGCCUUUCCCGAUGCCGAGAAGGAAAAUUUGCCAGUUUUCACAAUGGAUUACCCAAGAAUUCAGAUACCCUUUGAGAUCACUCUUUGGGUGCUGCUUGCCUCAUUUGCCAAGAUUGGGUUCCAUGUGUAUCACAAGAUCACAGUGUGGGUGCCGGAGUCAUGCCUUCUGAUCAGCAUUGGCUUGAUUGUGGGUGCCAUCAUGCACUCUGUCCACGAGGAGCCCCCUGCUGUGCUCACAUCCAAUGUUUUCUUCCUGUACAUGCUGCCCCCCAUCGUCCUGGACUCGGGCUACUUCAUGCCCAUCAGGCCCUUCUUUGAGAACGUUGGCACGGUGCUUUGGUUUGCAGUGGUGGGGACUCUGUGGAACAGCAUUGGCAUAGGCAUGUCUCUGUUCGCCAUAUGCCAAAUUGAGGCUUUCGGCGUGCAGGACAUCAACCUCCAGGAGAACCUGCUGUUUGCCACCAUCAUCUCGGCCGUCGACCCUGUGGCUGUGCUGAGUGUGUUCGAGGAUGUGUCUGUCAACGAGCAGCUCUACAUCGUGGUGUUUGGCGAAUGCCUCUUCAAUGAUGCUGUCACUGUGGUGUUGUACAACAUGUUCAACUUUGUGGCGGAGAUGCCGGUGGUGGAGCCGGUGGACGUGUUCCUGGGGGUGGCGCGGUUCUUUGUGGUCGGGCUCGGAGGCAUGGGCUUCGGCGUGCUGUUUGGCUUCGCCGCCGCCUUCACCACCCGGUUCACGGCCAACGUCCGAGAAAUAGAACCGCUCUUCAUUUUCAUGUACAGCUACCUGGCCUAUCUGGUGGCUGAGCUCUUCGCCAUCUCAUCCAUCAUGGCCAUCGUGACGUGUGCCCUCACCAUGAAGUACUAUGUGGAAGAGAACGUGUCCCAGCGUUCCUGCACCACCAUCCGCCAUGUCAUCAAGAUGCUGGGCUCCAUCUCUGAGACCCUUAUCUUCUUCUUCCUGGGUGUGGUCACCAUAACAACCGAGCACGAGUGGAACUGGGGAUACAUCCUGUUCACACUGCUGUUUGCCUUCGUAUGGAGAGGUUUGGGUGUGUUGGUGCUGACUCAGAUCAUUAACCCUUUCCGUACCAUCCCAUUUAACUUGAAAGACCAGUUUGGCCUGGGCUAUGGUGGCCUUAGAGGUGCAAUUUCUUUUGCCCUGGCCUUCACUCUCCCUGACAACAUCGGACGCAGGCAACUCUUCAUCACCGCCACCAUUGCCAUUAUCAUCUUCACUGUUUUUAUUCAGGGCAUCUCCAUCCGACCUCUGAUUGAGUUCAUCAACGUCCGCAGAACCAACCGCAACCUUGGCACCAUCAACGUAGAGGUUCACUGCAGGCUGAUGGAGCAUACCAUCGCCGGCAUAGAGGAUCUCUGCGGACAGUGGAGCCACUACUACUGGAAGGACAAAUUCCUGAAGUUUAACAACAGAGUCCUGCGUAAGAUCCUGAUCCGAGACAACCGGGCCGAGUCAAGCAUUGUGGCGCUGUAUAAGAAACUGGAGCUGCAGAACGCCAUGGAGAUCCUGGACACCGUGUCUGGAGACAUCAGCGCUGCCCCAUCCAUCGUCUCUCUGUAUGAGGAAAAGAAGAGCUCAGCUAAACCUAAGAAGAAGUUCAUGGCUGCUGACCUGAGGAACAUGCAUGAUCUCCUGUCCAAGAACAUGUACAAGAUCAGACAGCGGACGGUGGCAUACACCAGAAAGCAUGCCCUGCCCAACGAGAGCCAGACCAAAGAGAUUCUGAUGAGACGUCAUGCCAGCAUCCGCCGCAGCCUCCGGCCUGGCAGCUUUCAGAGUUCGGUGGUGCCCAAAUCCCAUAAGUACUUCUCUCUCCCUGCCGGGAAGAGUCUGGACUCGAAAUUCCCUCCUGGGAGGCUGAGCCAUGCAGAUGAUGAGGAAACCAUGUCAGAGAUGGCCUACCCCUCUCGACGCUCAAGAUUUAGCCAGCCAGGACGUUCCUCUUCCAGAGCCAUGCUGCCCCUCAACAGGCUGGAGACCCUAACUGAGGCGCCCUCCGUCAACAUGAUGGAUGAGAGCAGCAGGGAGAGAGGGAGAACAGGGCACGGCAUGUCCAGAAUGAACUCCUCCGUCAGUGAUUCCCGUGUCCCUACCCCUCGCCGCCACUUGGACUCUCACACCAACGGCUCCUCAGGUGACCACAGAAACGAGCAUCAUGAAGCAGAGGAGGAGCAGCCUUCAUCUCCACCUCCAGCCUGGGCUGCUGAACCCAGAGACAGUGACAAUAAUGGAGCACGAAACCCUCUGCUCCGGCGGCCUCAGUGGAACCCAAAGAAGCCAUGAAAAGUCCGCCGAGCUCUGGGCUUUGAGCAGCAGCCGGACUGCUGUGGACUGUGUCUCAGGUUCUCCAGCAGCACCAGGAUCUCUGCAUCUAACAGUCGACUCAACCCACAGUAGCGCUCCAUCGGAGUCCGUGCAUUUCUUAUGAGAAGUGAGCCACACUGAGACUUAUUAUUACAAUGCCACUGGCAAGCGCACAUCAGCCAGUGGACGGUGGUACUGAAGAGUAGCUGCCCGCGGCGUGAACGUUGAAUAACUUAAAACUGAGUGGUGUCAAACACAUCAAGAGCACAAUGCACUAUAGUGAGGAAACUGUAUAUUAACGUUUCUGUAGUGAAUCAUUCUCAAAAGACAAAAGUUGGUUUUACUCUCCAAUUUUCUUUGUGUAGUUACUUUACAUUUUAACCAACUGGACAUUUUAAGCCAUAUAUUUUAAGCCAUUUAAAUAUUAACUGAUUACGUCCUCAUCCUUCCAUCUAGUCUAAAUAUUGUGAUUUUGUGUUUUUAUUGCCUCUUGUGUGUCAGUUUUAUGACGGAGGAUAUGCAUUCUGUAAAUAGUCCAUUUUAGUGUAACUUGUGGAAAUGUUAAAGGACUCCAGGAGGCCUGUAUGUCUGUUACACUCAUGGACCUCACAAACUAGGCCCAAGGAGUUAUUUUUAUCUUUGUGUAAUAAAAUUUUCUCAUCGUCUAAAGCCAUCAAGAUUAGCCAUAAUUAUUA